AUGUCGAAGUUUCCCAAAAAGAAGGAGGUAGUGAAAAGCAACAACGUUCUUCAGGCAGGCCCACCCACUAAAGACCUUUGGUUUCUUUCUGGAUCAGCCUCUUCUGUAAACCCUCAAGUUGCUUCACUAGAGGCUAGGAGGGGAAGAUUUCCUAUCUGGCCAGAAUGGAAUGAAGCAGACAUCAACAUAGAAAAGUGGGAUGCAGGAAAAGGUGGAAAGGAAAAAGAUAAAGUUGGAAGAAGUCCUGUUUUACAUGUCUUUGAAGAUCCAGAAGGAAAAAUUGAACUUCCUCCUUCUUUAAAAUUGAGCACCUGGAGAAGGCCACAAGAAAUGUUAUUCAAUAAGGUGCCUGUGAUAGUAAAAAAUGAAACUUGGUUUGACCUCUUUUCAGCCAAUGAACAUUUAAUGAACAGUGAGCUGAUGAGAUGGAUAAUAAGUGAAAUCUAUGCCGUAUGGAGACUAUAUAAUGCAAGUGUUUUAAGUGCUGAUGCUAAAGCAGCCAAUGAAAUGCCUCAGCUGUUGUGGAAGCCAUGGGAACAUAUAUAUUCAUUAUGCAAAGCUGUCAAGGGACAUAUGCCAUUGUACAACAGCUAUGGAAAAUAUGUGGUAAAACUAUACUGGAUGGGGAGCUGGCGAAAGAUCAUUGUGGAUGAUAGCAUACCUGUCAAUGAGGACAAUGACAUGCUGCUUCCAACUACAACAUGUGAAGUUGAACUUUGGCCGCUGAUAUUAACUAAAGCCAUAAUUAAACUAGCAAACAAUGAUAUAAGUGAAGUUGGAAAAAGAGAACUGGGGGAAUUCACAGUUCUACAUGCACUUACUGGAUGGAUACCAGAAAUUAUUCCUCUCCAGUCUGGAUAUUUGGAUAAAGUUUGGGAAUUCUUAAAAGAUGUAGUGCCAGAGUUUAAGUUACCAGAAGAAUUGCUUCCUGAAUCUGAAGGAUCAGUUCAAGAUGCAAAAAAAGAUCUAAAAGGUUCUGAAAUUAAAAAUGACACCAUUCCUGUAAUUAAGCAACCAGAGAAGCCAGAAAAAGCUGAAAAAACAGGCAAAGAAAAGUCUGAUCUUCUUGGAAAGAAGAGAAGUAAGGAUGGUGAAAAGGAUAGAAAUAAGUCAGUGCUUCAUUCUGGACGAUUGUCUUCUGACUUUCAAAAUUCUCUUCAGAUGUUUAUUGAUGGUUCUGCAGCACCACUGCAGCCACAGAUGGUAGCAUAUGCUUGCUAUAUGCCUCUUUAUGUGUCUGAAAAAAAGAUCUUUGUAUUAGAGAAAAUGGCUGAUUCUUCUGAGAGACUACGGGAAUAUGGACUUUCCCACAUAUAUAGCCAUCCUGCACUGCUAACCAGAGUAAGGUCAGGUCCCCUGGUAGCCCCUCCAAAACCACCACCCGUACCUCGAUGGAAACUUAUCCGCCAGAAAAAAGAAACUAUUGUGACAGAUGAACCCCAAGAACCUGUGGUCAAAAAGCCCGAACAAUUUAUUGAGCUUGCUAGUCCUUUUCUGAACUUCAGACUUUCUCCAAUACCUAUUCCAAGAGAUACACAUUUCCCACCAUCUACCUUCAAAAGGGGAUCUCUUCCAGCCUCCAACCUUUCUUCUGUCACUGAAAAUGACGAAAGCGUAAUUGACGUUUAUGGAGAAAUGAAUCCCACGAGCACAGAAGACAAUUCUCAGGAAUCGACUUUAGCUACACAGCAUCCUGUAGAAGGAUCCACUAAAGGUGAAUCAACUGAAAAAAUAAGUACUGAAGUAGCACAAAUUCCAGAAUCAACGGAACCUGCUUUCAGUAGCCAAAUAGUAACUAAAUCUCAGGACGAAAUGGAGUCAGAAAAGAACCUCAUUUCCAAGGAAAUAUGGAUGGAUUAUGAAGAUUUCUGUAUUUGCUUUCAGAACUUGUAUGUUUUCCACAAAACAAAUACCUAUAUCUACACCUAUCAGAAAUCAGAUUUUAGGAUGCUAGACGACCGUGUCUCAUAUUAUUUAUGUGUGGACAGUUUGAAACCUAUUGAUAUCCUGGUUAGCUUUUCUGCAUUAGUGCACUGGGGAGAUUCAGGAGCUGUUGCACAAAAAGAAGCCCAUGGUCUGCCCAAGGGAAUACUCCUGGUUGAAAGUUUCUCUUGGAAGAAUCUAGCUCCAGGACAAUUAAUCCUAAAGAUCCAUACAUAUGCCACUAAAGCUGCUGUGAUAAGUCUUCCUGCUGGGCGCCAUGUGUUACUCUUCACUGCAAGUUCUCCCAUAGGUCACCAUAUCCAUCUGUGUAGUAUGGUGCCAUGUGUGUUUGGUGAAGAGGAUAUUGUUCUGCCAAAUCUUGACAAGGAGAGCUAUCGGUUUAUGGAGCAAGCUGCAGCUAUCAUGAGAGCUAUUGGAACUGUGCUAAUUAAUUUUGGACAGGCGGAAAACCUUCCCAAAGCCAUGAAGUCCCUGGAAUUUACACACUGCCCUCCUGGCCUCUGUGGCAAAGGAAUAGCCAGGGAACACUUCAAGGCUUUCAAUAAUGCUUUUUGGCAUUUGAUGAAACAAAUAUUAGGGAAUAUUCCUCCCCACUUUGAAUUUGCUUAUAGAAGUUUCACUUUGGAUUUUAAACACAGUGAUGUGUCGGUUGAAGAUACUGAAUCCUCAGAGCUGGCAGACUUGUAUGUUGUUCCUUGGCAGAACAAAGAUCCCACACCAGAAGAAGAGGCAGCUGCUGUUAGACUUCAGGCUGCCUGGAGGGGGACUUAUGUCAGGCUAUUAAUGAAUGGCAGAAAACCAGGUACAAAGGAGAAUACUAAAGUCAAAGAUACACUUCAAAAGUUGUGGGCUCUAAUUGAGCCAAAUUUUGAACAAUAUUCCUUGAUGUUAUUGAGAGAAAUAUUUAAAAGUAACUGUAAGUCAGUUGAAAAAUAUCGUUGCUAUGAAGAUGAAUGGACUAAGACAUCCUUUGCUGAUUAUACUGUAAUGUAUGGGGACCAGCCAUCAAAUUUUUGGUUUGUGGUCUUCAGGGAAGUAUUUUAUGUUCCAGAAGAUAUGUUCAUAGUGCCAAAGGUUUAUUCAGCCAUACCUACCUGUGCACUUCAUGUCGUAGACAAUGACACAUUGGAGGAAAUGCCUCGGGUCUUUCUCAGGGUUGCACCACGUCUUUAUACAAAGAAUAAGAAAGGAUAUACUUUCAUGGCUGAAGUUCAAACUGGUGAAUCACCUGUGACGGCUGGGAAAUGGAGGCUUCGGCUCAUAGGUUCCUACAGUCCCCUUCCAGUUCUCUCUCGUGAGACUGUAAACAAUUUAUAUUCCAUUAAAGAAGUUAAAGACUAUUAUGUACCAAAUGAUAAGCAUAUCAUAUUGAGAUAUGCAGUAAAGGUCACAACGCCGCUGAUUGCUACUGUGCAGGUACAGACCUCUAAAUCAGAUGCAAUUGUUAAACUACAAGUUCUGGAUUCUGAGGAAGAAAUGGUAUACUCUGUUGGGAAAGGCCAUGUUGUCAUUCCUGCAUUUCAUUUCAUAUCUGCUGAGAGGCCUUUAAGUUCAUUUAUUACAGCAAGCAGAGGUGGUGUUCUCCAAAACGCUCCCAAAAAGGAACCAGAAGUUGCCCCUAAGAAAAAAGGUGCUGUAGCAACUCAGAAAAAUGUCAAGGGUUCAGUCAAAGCUUCCCAGGACAGUCCAGUUUCAACAGAAGAAGAACCGGUUUCUAUGCUUAUUAUCGAUGAAAAUUUUGUUCCACAGCCUCACAAGUAUAUUAUACAAGCCUCAGUGUUGCAUAAUAGUUGGCCACUUACUGAAAGCCAAUUGGUAUUUGUUCAGGCAUUGAAAGAAUUAGAAAAGAAUGAAAUUAAAGCACAUCCUGUUGAGAAACAUGAAGAGAGUAUUUCAGUCCUAAGUCCAGAUAUUCACAGCAGCUUGGAUGGACAAAAAUCUGCAGGCUCUUCCAAAACAACUAGAAAAACAAAGGAAAAAACAACUGACAAGGCAGAAAAGAUUGCUAAAGAAAAACCUCCAUCUGCCACUAGACCAGAAUCACAGCAAUCUGAUCCAAACAAGCCCUUCUGGAUCUUGCGUCUAGUCAUUGAACAAAAUGAGGUGGAAGCCUUGGAUUUAAAGAGAGACACAGAGAGAGCAGAUGAGAUCAAAGCUAUGAAGCAAGCAUGGGAGGCUGCAGAGCCGGGGCGAGCUGUCAAGGCUGCUCAGGAGCGCAUGCAGUUUAUUAACAAAUGUAUGCGGAAAGGAUUGAUUGAGUUGGACACUGAAAGUGUCAGCCCUGCAGUGGGUUCUGGAGAAACAGGCACUGCCUCACUUGGUUCUGAACUACUAGUAUUGCCUCCAGUAGUGGCCGAAACAGGCUCAGCAACUCAGCGAAAGGAAUGGGAGCAUCUAGAUCUCACCCCCUACAUUCGAAAAACGCUGCCUGAACCUGUGCUGAAGAAUGAGUCUAUUAUUCAAGAGCAAGAGAUGCGUAAGGCAGAAGAAAUCAAUAUCUUUAGACAGUUUCGGGAGCAAGUUCUGGAACACAGACAGCAAGAACACAUGGUUAGGAAUCAGUUGAAGCAAAAUGUACUUGAAAUGUAUGAAGAUCAACAAGCAUCCUUAAACGAUGCACGAGGCUGGGUUCUGGACAUCCGGGAGGCCUACAGAGCUAAGCUACUAGAGGCUGAGCGUUUAAGACAAGAGGCACUAGCAGCUGAAGAAGCCGCCCUUCGAGCAGAACAAGAGAAGAAAACCCCAGACGUGCAGAAGAAAAAGGGAGGGAAAGGAGGAAAAAAGAAGAAAUAAGUUCGCCUGAAAAAAAGCAAUUGUGGGAACUUAGCUAAUGAUGAGAAAAGAGCAUCCAUUUUUACAGUAUUUUUCGGAGUCCAUGUCUGCAGCACAGGACGAUGCAAUUCUGUCUUUUUUCAAAGUGUUAUUUUGGAAUCUAUGUAAUAUUGUAUCACUGAUUUAAAAUUGUACUGUUAACCUUACCUUUGGUUUUGCAUUAUAUUUUAUGUCUUUAUGGCAAUAAACAUUUCCA